GGUGCAGUGUGAUGUCAUGGAGGAGGCGGGGCACAGCCACUACGUCUCCCAGCUGAAGGUGGAGUUCGACAGCUGUGACACGACGGCCACCGGCUUCCUGGACCGAGAGGAGCUGACGGAGCUCUGCAGGAAGCUGCAGCUGGAGGCUCACCUCCACCUGCUGCUGGACACGCUGCUGGGAGCACGCUGCUACGCCCGGGUGAACUUUGAGGAGUUUAAAGAAGGCUUGGUGGCCGUUCUGUCUCGCUCUCUGGACUUCAGCACAUCAGAGGAUGACAGCAGCUACCUGGAGCCAGUUGUUCCGGAGGAGGUGAAGCCAAAGUUCGUGAAGGGAACAAAGCGUUACGGCCGUCGCUCCCGGCCCGACAGCGGGCACGACGCCACGCUGACCGGCCGCCCGGAGGACUCGCAGGACCCGUCCAGAACCGAGGCCGCGGACUCGUCACCGUCCGGCGUCCGCAGGGCCAAAGUGAGACGCUCGACGUCUCUGGACAGUGUGGAGAGCCUGAAGUCUGAUGAGGAAGCAGGAAGUCAGAAGGAGAACAUCCAGCCAGACUUUCAGUGUAAAGCUCCUCAGCAGCAGGAAGAGGUGGAGCUGGGAGGAGGAGGAGGAGGAGGAGGAGGAGGAGGAGGAGGAGUUCUUCAGCAGCUCCACCCAGAGGAUCUGGACGAGCUGCUCAGGAGGUUGGACGCCGACCUGGAGGGCAGAGUCAGCAUCCGGGACUUCCAGAAGGUUCUGUGUGGCUCCGCCCCCGUCUCCUGCUCCACCCCCGUACGAUCAGCUGACCUGCAGAGGGCGCCACUGCGGUCUCGGGCCGCGUUAGAGGAGCGCUCGGUUCGCUCCACCUCGCCCUCCCUGCUCACGGCCACGGUGGGUCAGAGGGUCCUCAGCCGGCUGGACGAAGGCUCAGGAUGCACCAGCCCCGAGCGGGUCGUGGCCUUCUGGACCGAGGAGGGCAUCCGGAACAGCCGGGACAUCCUACAGACUCUGGACUUCCCUCUGGAGGAGCGUCUCAGUCUGGCUGACCUGACUCUGGCUCUGGACAACGAGCUGCUGGUCAGCGGGAACGGCAUCCACCAGGCGGCGCUCAUCUCCUACAAGAACGAGAUCCAGCACCUGCAGGUGCUGGUGGACCAGGCCUGCAGUGAGCGGGAUAAGGUGAGGACACACCUGGAUCAGGCCGAUCAGAGGAACCUGCAGCUGGUCAGAGAGGUGGACGACCGCCACGCCAGCAUGGAGACCCUCAACCAGAGCAGGAUCAGGGACCUGGAGCAGGACUUCCGUGAUAGGCUGACAGCUCUGCGCAGCCAGUCGGAGCAGGAGAGCGAGGCUCUGCUGCAGCAGGUGGAGAGAGAGCGACGCUCGCUGCAGGACGAGCUGCAGCUUCUCCGAGUCCAGGAGGCGGAGCUACAGGAGGAGCUCUGCAGUGCCGCACAGGAGAGCAGUCGUCUGGAGGAAGACCUCGGUGUUGUGAAGCUGAAGCUGACUGAAGCAGAAAGCUCAGUGACCCGACUGCAGAGAGACCUGGACCAGCUGCUGCACCACAAGUUUGGCGGUUUGGACCCGGCGGCCGCUGGUCUGAGUCACGAGGAGCGAUUCUCUGAGAUUAUCAAAGACUACGAACUGCAGUGCCGGGAACUGCGGGACAGAAACGAUGAGCUGAGCUCAGAGUUGGAGCUGCUGAAGAGUCAGAGGAGCGACAGGAAGUCCGGACGCUCUGCAGGAGACGGCGCUCUGAGCUGGACCCAACAACGACCGGUCACCGAGUCCGACUCCGACGAGGCAGACAUGAAGUGCAGCUCGUCUCCUCUGCUCAGGAAGAAGCUGCAGCCGGCAGAUAAAACGGCUCUGUGCUCCCUGGACAACGUCUCAGGUCCGGCCGUCAGUAUUCAAACUGAACUGGCUUUAGAGCAGCUGAAGCAGAAACACAACCAGGAGCUGCAGCAGCUUCACAUCCAGCUGGAGACGCAGGUGAACUACUAUGAGCGCAGCCUGGAGGUGAUGAGGCAGAGCAUGGAGGUGGAGCGUAAAGACAUCUCUCAGGCCUUCAAGAUGGAGAUCAGUGAGCUGGAGGAGCAGAAAUCUCAGGCGGAGCAGCAGGUGAAGCAGCUGAAGGCAUCUCUGGACAAACUGCACACUCAGAUCCGAGGAGGAGGAGGAGGAGGAGGAGGAGGAGGGUGGAGCAACGAGCAGGAGCGGAGAAUGCAGCGGGAGCAGGCGGAGCUGGAGCAGAACUUUGCCAGAGAGAUCGGCAACCUGGUCCAGAGACUGAGCUCUGAGAAGGACCAGCUGGAGGCGGAGCUGAAGCUGAAGGCGGACCAGGAGGUGAUGCUGGUCAGGAAGGAGGCGGAGCAGCAGCUCUCUCAGGUGAAGCUGCAGCACGCCGAGGGUCAGCGCCGCCUCCUCCACCGGCUCCAGCGGGAGUGCCGGCGGCUACAGGAGCAGAGAGGAUUCUGGGAGAAGCAGAAGAAGCUGUGGUGUGAGGAAAGGGCCGGGGUCCUCAGCCGGUUCUCCUCAGAGAAGCAGAGUAUGGAGGAGCAGGUCUCCAGAUUACAGGAGGAGAACGCCCAUCUGCAGGUCAGCCAAUCAGAGGCCGGCUCGGAGGAGCUCAGAGGGCGCUGUGGUCGGCUGGAGGAGAGCAUCGCCUUCCUGGAGUCUCACGAGCUUCUGAAUAAACGUCUGGCUUCAGAGAAGAGCUCUGUGGAGGAGGAGCUGCAGCAGAGGAGGAGCAGGGAGGAGCGGCUCCUGCUUCAGGUGACCCAGCUGGAGGAGGAGCUGGGAAACCUCCAGGCGGCGUCAGACAGCAUCCUGCAGGACCGGGCCAGGCUGAUCCAGGACCUGAAGGACCAGGCCAUGUCUGUGGACAACCUGCAGCUGGAGCUGGACGGCGUCUCUGAGGAGCUGGACAGGAAGAGGAGCGCCGAGGAGGGUCUCCGGGAGGCUCAGGAGGAGGACCGGACCAGGACCUCGCUGCUCCUGUCCGCUCUGGACCAGAGGAAGGAGGAGGCCCGUCGUCUGAGCCAGGAGAACGGGAGCUACGCCCGGCUGGCUGACCAGCUCUCCAACCAGAUCGUAGAGAUGGAGGAGGAGAUCUCCACGCUCAGAGACCAUCUCAGAGAGCUCAGCGCUCAGCUCAACGAGACCGCAGACCUGGUCCUGGACCUCCGGAGGCAGCUUAACUCCAAAACCAGCGAGGUGGACCGGCUCCGGGCCGAGGUCGCAGACGGCGCUGCUCUCUACGGGCGAGCCAAGGCCUCCUCCGAGAAGAAUCACGUAGACCUGGACCUGACCAGACAACAGGUCCUCCAGCUGCAGCAGGACCUGCAGGACUCCCGAGACCAGCUGAGGACAGCGGAACAGGACUUUGACCAGGAGAAGAGGAAGAUGAUGCAGCAGCUGAUGGAGCUGGAGAAGCUGGUCCUGGACCUGGAGGAGGUGAUGGACCCGGCCAGUCCACACAGGACUCAGCUGGACCAGGUUCGGUCUGAGAAGGGAGCUCUUGAGGAGCGUCUGAGCGUCCUGCAGCAGGAGGUCAGCGAGCUGGAGGACCACGUCUCCAAGAAGAGGAGGAACCUGGAGGAGAUGGAGAGAGAACAUGAGAGGAGCAGAGAAGAGGAGGAGAGGCUGCACAGAGAGAACUCCAGAUACCGAGAGGAGAUUCUGGGUCUGAGCAGCAGGAACCUGCAGCUCAGCAACGACAACGCCGAGCUGAGCGCUCGUCUCCAUGGAGACCAGGAGUCGGUCCGGAUGCUGCGGGAGCGCCUGGCGACGGUCUCUAGGGGAAAGGAGGCGCAGGAGGAGCAGGAGGAGAACACGGUGCAGCGGCUGCAGGAGGAGAGAGAGAAGCUGGACGGAACGCUCAGCUGCUACAAGGAGAAGGUGGAGGCGCUGCAGCGGUCGCUGCUCUCCGAGGAGACGGAGGCGGAGCUGCUCCGCUCUCAGCUCCACGCCGUCGGUCAGCAGACGUUUGGCCACGCCCAGGAAGUGACGGAGCUGCAGAGGAAGCUGCAGGAGGCUCAGAGCGAGGUGGAGGAGCUGGAGAGCUGCGUCAGGAAGCUGACGAGGGAGAAAGAGGAGCUCCGUCAGGCUCUGGAGGAGCAGGAGGAGACCCACAACCUGAGAGUCCAGAACCAGGAGCUCCAACACCAGCUGUCGGAGCUGCAGGUCCGGAGUCUGGAGGUCCAGCAUCUGAACCAGGAGCAGCAGAACCUGAAGACCAAAGUGACGGAGCUGCAGACGGAGCUGCAGACGGAGCGGGCGCAGGCUCAGGACCAGGCGGGCCGGGUUCAGGUGCAGCACCGGAGGCGUCUGGAGGAGCUGCAGAGGAGGGCCGGAGACCAGCGCCGGGAGCAGGAGGAGCUGCUGCAGGCCCGGCUGGAGGAGGAGCAGAGGAGGAGUCAUCAGCUGGAGGAGGCUCUGAGGCUUCAGGCCCAGCACAGCAGCUCCCACAUCAGCAUGAAGCAGGAUCAGUACCAGAAGGCGGUGUCGUCCCUUCAGAGGAGGGGAGGAGUGGAGGAGGUGGAGUCGUCUCUGAAGGCGGUCCGUCUGGUCCUGCAGGAGAAGGUGCAGCAGCUCAAGGAUCAGCUGUUGAAGAACACCAAGUCCAGCGCUCUGCUGAAGGAGCUGUACGUGGAGAACUCCCAGCUGAUGACGGCCCUGCAGGUCACUGAGCAGCGGCAGAAGAACGCAGAGAAGAAGAACUUCCUGUUGGAGGACAAAGUCAGAGCUCUGAACAAACUGCUGCAGGAGAUCGUCACGACGACGCUCGCCACGUAGCCGCCGAGGAACCGGAACCAGCUGGUCUGAGAGCAGUUUCACCAAAACAGCUUCAGGGUUUAAAGAGAACCGUCUCUCAGGGAGAUGAACUCAGACACGGUGGAGGUGAGACGCUCACCCUCCAACCGACUGAUUGAUUCAGGGAUGAACAGGAACACACCAGUCCAGAACCAGUCCAGAACCAGUCCUAGACUUCUGUUUUCGUUUCUAAUAAUGAACCUUCACACUCAACAAAGAGUUGUGAUUAUUUUGUCAAUCAAUUCAUUUAGUCGAUGGAUCUGAACGUUUCUUUUUUUAUCUGUUUGAUCUUAGAAUGUUUCAAUAAAUCCUAUUUAUAUUUAGAAUAACAGAUCAAUAAUCUGAUAUUUCACAAAGGUGACCUCUGACCUUCAGAAUAAAAGCAGCGCUACAUAAUGUUCUGAUAAUAUAAUUACGGAUCAAUAAUCUGUGAACCAUUGUGUCCUGAUCAGCCAAUCAGAGGUCUGGUGUGUUUCUUUCAUCCAUUCAAGAAUGUAACGUCUGAUCUCACAUGUAAACAAAUAACCAGGUGAGAUGUCGACGUGCAGUUUGACCAGGUAAAACAUCAGGUGUGUUUGUGGGCGUGGCCUUUUCUACGUGACUCAUCAGCAGCCUCACCUGUCACACCUGUAUCCAUUCAACAGGUGAACGUUUCUGUUCUCCCUGAAGCUGCUUCACAGAAACUCAGCUUUUGUUUCUUUAGACAGAAAGAUGAAGGAGAACCAGUCUGACCACACACACACACACACACACACACACACACACACACACACACACACACACACACACACACACACACACACACACACACACACACACACACACACACACACACACUCUGAAGUAUUUCAGCCAUAAAGGGUAUUAUGCUACAAUGUGUUUUAUAUAUUUUUACGGUCAUUUUUAAUGUGAAGGAGUUGUAUUGUGUGCAGGAGCAGCGACCACGUUUCAGUCUGUAGUUUUCCCCUCAGAGUGAGACCUCCUGCUCCUCCACUCAGCUGUCUGUGUCCUGACUCCAUGUUUGAUCCUGUCACAUGAAACUACAUUAAAUUAUCUUUUUAUC